AUGGUGAAUUGUUAUGCUACGCAUCUGGACUUCGAGAUGUGCGGUACAAAAGCCACUACUGAAGCCGGCACAGACUGGUUUUCCACAUUGAUAAUGCCUUCCGAGAUAUGCGAUGACGAUGACGUCGAAAACAGAUGGACUCUAUCUCUUGGCUCGCUAGAGGCAGGCAACAGAACCAGCAACUCCACUGCUGUUCAGGGUGAGGGGGCACCACCAUCCAACCAGAACAAAGCUUUGAACGUAAAAGGCCCCAUAUUCAACGCAUCCUAUUUUAGACCGAAUCCCAUGUUACCUGGAAUCGACGACGGUAACACUUCCCCACGGUCGUCAUCAUCUCGGAAACCGGAAACUCGCUUGGGCAAACCGGUGGUGCCGUCAAGGCGAACAACCCCCUAUCGAAAGCAGGUAGUUUUGUCACAUAAUGGAUCUUCUCGUAAGCGCACCUACGUACGACGCACGCCUUCCUGCUCCCGUGCUCGAGCUACAUCGAAACCCAAGCGUCAGUACAGUCGUUCCCUGAGGCGUCCCUCCAGAAGGCAGUCUUGUACUGCUCAAGAAUUCGCACCUACUCCAUCUACGGAUGUGCCAGUUCCGGAAUUCGUCCAGCCCGCCGAACUAGCUCCUUUUGAAGAGGCCAACGUGCCUCUCCAAUCUCCGGGAACAUUUGCCAUCCGUCGCCCUUACACCCGACGGAAGGUGCAACCGGUCAAGCAGACAAGGCGCACCUCGGGUUCGGUUCAAUAUCGUUCCUCGAAAUGGAAACUCAAACGCUUGGGGAAAUCAAUAGUCUCAGAAACCACCAACCAGGAGAACCACGAGGCCUUUGUAAAAGCUUUUGCCAUACCCACUCACUUGUAUCGGUAUCUAGCAAUCCGGCACCGCGAACGGCCUUUAUACCUGAAUCGGACACUAAGUUACCUCCGUUCCGCUCCUUUGUCUUCCGACACAAAGCCUACUGGGAAGACGUCAAGUCAUCCUCGCCCUUCUGUUAACAGUGUUGCCGAGCGAAUUCUCCGAGAACGACAUCAACCCCCUGGUCGGAAAACGCCUACCAAGAACACCAACAACGAUAUCAGCACUUCUCCCUCCCAGGAACUCAGUCCACUUACCAGAGAGCUAACACUCCUAUCAGCCGUCCUCCCAUUCUGGCCACAGGAAGUCCAACUCAUUUUCGAGGGUUUCUUUGACAGUAUGAACGAAUUGGACUGGGUGACGGUCGAGGCAUCGGUCAGUCUUUAUUUCCGUUUCGGUUGGGCCUGGCGCCACAAACCCUGUGCAGCUGAUACUCUUGUGGCUCCUUUUGUCAGUCCUUUCCACCUCCCGUGUCACAACCCCGGUAUCAGCCUCGAACCCUCACGUAAUAGCUCCACCUUCGAUCCUGACAUAUCUUGUCGUUUCCAGCCGAUGACUUUGCUGAAUCAGGCCAAAUGGCUAUCAUCGAGUGGCCGGUUGAACAGUGGUCAACUUGAGUUGCGAGUGAGCGCUAUCGAACGGCGUUGGCUAAAGCGGCCGGACCUGUAUCGUCCGAAUGGGGUCAUCAACGGGUCCCUGGGAACGGUCAACGGUGCAAACGAGAAGACAAAUCGUCUCAAUCCUCUCCCAACUACUCGUAAGGGUGGUCUCAGUUCAGCCGCCUACCCCGUUCACUACACCACAGCUCCGUUACCGCUGUUCUGUCCGAACCCAACUCUACGUGAUGUGCCCCAAUCAGUAUGUAUACUUGCGUUGCCAUACCAGUUUGCUUUUGACAGCAACAUUCUGACCUAUCCGUUUUUCCCCUGCGCGACUGAAGCUCCUGUUGGCGAAUCUCCCCCGUUCCUUCUGACUCCCGGUUUGUACGAACUACGUUUGGGCGUGGAUCACGGAGACCACGAGUCAUCGGAUAAACCAUUUUUAUCGGGGGACCCAUCUUUGCGACAAAAUGUUCUGGAAAACGGACACCACUUGCAACACGAGACAGGAAGCACAGCCGACAGCGUUGCCACCAGUACCUCGGAUUUCCCCGCUGGGACUGUAAGUUCAGUCGAUGAGGUUGCCAGUUUGAACGAAGCUGGAGCUGUCUCCGGGAGAGUCGAGUGGCGUCGAAUUCGGUUUCCCAAAUGUUCGGAUGUUUUGGAUGAGUAUUCCCGCUGGCCGAAGCUGAAAUUUCGCGUUGUUUGGAUUGGCAAGGCAUCCGAUAACAUAGACUCACCCGUCAAGCUAGCAGAUCAAAAGAAAUGCGAGCAAUAUGUCAAUGGUUGGGGAGGAGUGCGAAACUCACCACUCCGAAGUGGCACACCUGUGAGUCCCCUACGAAAAAACAGCACAGUUGCCUCUACUCGUGGGAUUGUCGAGAACGGGCUAGGUCACAACUCACCCCAGGCGCCGAAGUUCUCUAACAAAACACCCGUCACUCAGGAAGCACCUAUGGAGCCGCGAUCACAGUCCAGGCUGCUGCCGCCGCCGCCGCCGCUGUCACAAUCACCUGCUCGCACCCGACGACUAGCGUCCACUCGACCUCAUCUUCCAACACCCGCCACUUUACCUCUCCGUCCGGUCACAUAUCGGUUCUUGUACAUGAAUCGACUGCAGCAGUGGUCUGAGGCCAAAGACCUCGUCUGUCCGUGGUGUCGACUCGAUUGUUGGCGAGCGCGUGAGAGAGGCCCCGAGGCUUUGCUGGUGCAUCUACGCACAUGUCAUCCACGAUUCCGUUUCAAAGCCUCGUGGAGUCCGUCCCGAGCUCAUCUAAGUCUGGAAGUCUCCUUGAACGAGGCGUACGACGGGUCGAAUGAUUGCGGUCUCCGUCGAUGGGGAUUUCCUUCCUCUGAUGGUGCGGCUAGUCGACGCCUGGUUGCGCCCGGUCAGCUGAUUGGAGGUUGGACCGGCCUAGGAUCACUACCUGCGCAGCUCGAACAGCAACAGCCAACUGCGUCGCUCAGUCUCAGCACCUACGCGUCACGUGUUUCCCGUCCUGUUCGCCGUCUUUCCUACACACAUUUGAUAUUUUGGCGCGGUGCAGAGCGUGUUACAGAUCAGCCUCUGGACCCCACUCUUUCUGUACGGCCAGUGGCUCUCGGACACAAUCGUGUCUACUACCACACUCGGUCUGUUCAACCGCUUCGUGCGUGCGAGUUCGACCAUGACUCUGAGGCGGAGGAUGCACCUGAGUGGCUUCGGCAACACUACCAGCGUAAAGUGGAGGAGUUCACUGAUGUCAACCAGGGGGAGAAGCAACUGAUGCAAUUAUGGAACGCCCUGCUUCUCUCGAUCGGACCAUCAGAAUUGGUCGUUUGCGACAGUCAGCUAGCCAACCUUGCUGCGUGCUUCGUCCAGCGCUAUGCAAGCUCCAUCCAUCGUCGUCACUUGAGAAACAACUUGAUUUUGCAUUUCGCAAAUCUGGUUGACUAUGGUCUACUCUCUCCUGGACAGCUUCGUCAUUUGGUCACCAUGUACGACAAAAUAAUCUGCUCGUCAACUCCUGGACGUGUACAGCUGCCGCCGGUCACUACCUAGAUCCGCCGUUAUGUAACUGUCGUUUUAUCGCAACUCUCUGGAGGUGCAUAGUUCGUUAAACUGCUAUUCCGUUCGCAACAUCUCCCUAGGUGUCUUUUUUUAUUCGCCCUAUCCGAUAUUUUCCAAAAGAAAUCAUUCCUUGCCGUUGCUCAGGCUACUUUCCGGUUAUCUUGCCCUCGCUUCCUUAGUCACGUGAUGCCCCCAGUAUCUCCUGAUCUGGACUAACACGGUGCUUUUUGUCUACCCUACCCAACCUUACCCCCCCCCACCCGUAUUCUCUUUUUGUAUUGCUUUGUAUAUGCUAUCUUAUUACGGCUACUACUAUUAACAAUAGGCAUAUGCUGGUUGGUGAUUUUUGAGCGCUUUUCUAUUCCACUUUUUCGUCUGUAGCGUUUUUCUACGACCGCACUCUUUCAGGACAUCCUCUUCCUAUUUGGGGGCAACUUUGCGUCCACUCCAUUGAUAGGUUUAUUGGCAGCCCGCCGGCCCCAAAUCGUGGCCCCAGUUUAUAUCUAGCCAUUUUUGUGUUUUGAUUUUAGCGGGAAUUUAUGUGUGCUCACUUCACCUUUGGGUACCGUGGCUCUCCCCUCCCCCCGAGUGCCAGAGCACUUGAGUUUAUACCUAGGGAUUUUCGUUUAGAAGUGUUUGCAUUUAAUUCCGACAAACUGCAUAUUCCUGCAUGUCUCUACUCUUUAUAUUCGUGUGUCUGUACAUACCUACGCACCAAGAUUUGUAGGAUUUUUCAACUACUCAUGUCCUCGCUCUACACACCGUUAGUCGGUACCCUACCUGGUGGAAUUCUACUCUCCUGCCGAUUCUGUUGACCCACUGCGUCUUUUGUUGUUGUUUUUUUACC